UACCCGUGAAAUACACGCACCAAAACAAGUGCAACUCUUUUGAUUCGCUACAAUAAUAUAUUAUUAGGCAUAUUCGCGUAUAUUUCCAUGUAAUAUCCGUGACACGAAAAUUAUAAUGAAAAGUGUUUCAAUCCAGUAUAAUUAAUAUAAGGAAAUAGGUUAAUAGUCCAGCAGAUCUUCUGAAAGCCGCGCCGAUAAGCGAACUUCUGUUCGCAGCGUCAUUGUGUUUUGUGUUUUGUGAAAUGGAUCUGUUGUAAUGAAAGCAAACGGAGUUGCAGAGCCGGUUCUUUAGCGCAGGUUGUGUGAGCUUUUGGUUUCGAUUCUGGAUGGGUACAGUUUUUUGAGUGGAUCUCUCUCACAUUAGCAAUUUUAGUUUCCGUGUCAAGAAAAUAUAAAAGGAAGCACUUUAACCGUGUUUACGGGUGUCCCUGACCGACUCCGCUGAUCAUCGUUUUACCGGUCUCUUUCCUGCGUCUCUGCGCGAUGGAGCCGCCCGUGUUGUGCGCGCUUCUUAUGACCGUGAUCGCACUGCGUCAGGCCGAAUGUCUCGUGCGAACUUAUUAUAUAGCAAUAAAAGAAGAAGCCUGGAACUACGCGCCCAGCCAGCAAAACCUGAUUAAUAACAGAAGCAUUGAUCAAGACAAAUAUGCAUCUGUGUUUCUGUCAAGAGGCCCUACUCGAAUAGGGAGUGUUUACAAAAAGGCUGUGUACAGGCAGUACACAGAUGACUCUUACUCCACAGAGAUCCCUAAACCUGCCUGGCUCGGCUUUCUUGGACCCAUUCUACGGGCUGAAGUUAAUGAUGUCAUGAUGGUCCAUCUAAAGAAUUUCGCAAGCCGGCCUUAUUCUCUCCACCCACAUGGAGUGUUCUAUGAGAAGAAUUCAGAGGGAGCAUUGUAUCCAGAUGGCACCUCUGGACAUGAUAAGAGUGACGAUGCAGUACCUCCAAAUGAGACCUACACAUACAAAUGGACGGUCAAAGAAGAGUAUGCUCCCACUAAAGGAGAUGCUAGCUGUCUCACUUGGAUUUACCAUUCACAUGGAGACGCACCGAAAGAUAUUGCAUCAGGACUUAUAGGAGCUCUGCUCACCUGCAAGAAAGGCAGUUUGGACAAUUCCGGUGUUAAGCGCUCUGAUGUGGAUGAAGAUUACAUUCUGAUGUUUAGUGUGGUGGAUGAGAACUUGAGCUGGUAUUUGGAGGAGAAUGUUGAAAGAUUUUGCUCUGACUCAACUGCAACAAAAAUACUAAUUGAAGAUGUGGAUGAGGACUUCAGAGAGUCUAACCUUAUGCACUCAAUAAAUGGCUAUGUUUAUGGUAAUUUGCCCGCACCGAAAGUGUGUGUGGGGCGUACUGUGUCUUGGCAUCUCUUCGGCAUUGGCAAUGAGGUGGACAUUCAUUCUGCCUACUUCCAUGGGCACACCGUCCUUGAUCGUGGGCACCGCAGAGAUGUUCUCAGUUUGUUUCCUGCCUCAUUUGUCACCGCGACAAUGACCCCAAGGACGAAAGGAAAAUGGUUGUUAAGUUGCCAAGUCAACGAUCAUGUACGAGCAGGUAUGCAGGGUUUCUAUGAGGUCUCUGGAUGUGGGUCGACAGCCUCUCCGACAGAAGUCCCUGGCACUGAGAGACAUUUCUACAUUGCUGCUGAGGAGGUGGAAUGGGACUAUGCCCCUUCCAAGAUGAACUACAUGCAAAAUACAUCACUUACUGAACCACACAGUGAUUCUGAAGUGUUUUUCACUCGUGAUGGUGGUAAGCUGGGUGGAAAAUACUUAAAGGCCAGAUACAUUUCAUACACUGAUGGAACAUUUACCACCAAGAGUCACAUUGUGGGCUCAGAUGUGCAUCUUGGCAUUCUGGGUCCUGUCAUCAGAGCAGAGACUGGUGACAUUGUCAUUGUCACGUUCUUUAAUAAGGCUAAGCAUUUCUACAGCAUUCAACCACAUGGUUUGCAAUAUGAGAAAGCCUAUGAAGGAGCUAUGUAUCAGGAUGGUACCCAGAAAGCUGGAGCCUCUGUGGCUCCAGGUGAAAAAUUUACCUAUCGUUGGAGAGUAACAGAAGGUCCCUCCGACAGUGACCCUCCCUGUAUUUCAUACUUGUAUUAUUCUGCUGUUGAUCCUGUUCGUGACACUAACUCCGGUCUAAUUGGGCCCAUACAAGUGUGCAAGAAAGGUGUUCUUGAUCGGAGUGGGCAUCAGCGUGCGGACAAAAUUCAGCAUGAGUUUUUUCUUCUAUUCUCUGUGAUGGAUGAAAAUGAAAGCUGGUAUCUAGAAGAAAACAUUGAAAAGUUUGGCAGCAGUGAAUCAAAUACAUCUGAUGAAGAGUUUCAGGAGAGCAAUAAGAUGCACGCGGUGAAUGGCUACAUGUAUGGAAACCUUUUGGGUCUGGAUUUGUGUAAUGGGGAACAUGUUGUGUGGCACACACUUGGCUUGGGCACAGAGGUGGAUAUCCAUGGGAUCUAUUUCCAAGGCAACACGUUUCAACGGGAUGGGAUGAACCGUGACACUCUGAAUCUCUUCCCGCAUACCACAGUGACUGUUAACAUGACUCCCGACAAUAAUGGUAUUUUUGAGCUGAGUUGUCAUACAAGUGAUCACUACACUGCAGGUAUGCGCCAACAUUACACGGUCAAGUCCUGUUUGGCAAAGACUCCCGCACCGGAACAUUUCACCUCUAAUGUACGCUACUACAUAGCAGCAGAGGAAGUUGAAUGGAAUUAUGCCCCAGACCGUAAAUGGGAAUUGGAGAAACACAACACUACACUGGAGGAUAGCCCUGGAAGUAUUUACCUCAAUCAAUCACAUGAUAGGAUUGGUGCUAAGUAUAAGAAGGUGGUGUUCCGUGAAUACACAGAUGGGACAUUCACCGAAAAGAAACCCAGGCGUGUAGAGGAAGAGCAUUUAGGAAUAAUGGGUCCCAUCCUUAGAGCUGAGGUUGGUGAGAAGAUUCAGGUUGUGUUUAAAAAUAAUGCCAGCAGACCAUAUUCUGUACAUGCCCAUGGAGUAAAGACCAAUGAAGCCAAUCAGAUUCAUGUUCAACCAGGUCAUGUGCUGACAUACAACUGGACCAUUCCAGAACGAUCAGGUCCAGGUCCCAAUGAUCCAAAUUGUAUAACAUUUGCCUACUACUCAUCUGUCAGCUUUGUUAAGGACUUGAUGAGCGGUUUGGUGGGUCCAUUGAUAGUGUGCCGUAAAAACACCCUGAAUGCCGACAGACGCAGAAAAGACGUUGCUAAAGAGUUUGCCCUCCUUUUCAUGGUGUUUGAUGAAAAUGAAUCCCACUACCUAAAUGAAAACAUAAGAACUUACCUCGAUAGAGACCCAUCCGAAUAUGAUAUAGAUAAUGAGGACUUUAUGGAGAGCAAUAAAAUGCACGGUAUUAAUGGAAAGCUGUAUGCUAAUCUGCAUGGAUUAAAUAUGACAGAGAAUGACAAGACUGAAUGGUACCUUUUAGGAAUGGGAAGUGAGGUGGACAUGCACACUGUGCACUUCCAUGCUCAGAGCUUCAUUUACAAAACAGAUCAACCCCAUCGUGCAGAUGUAUUUGACCUAUUCCCAGGGACUUUUCAGACCAUUGAGCUGAUUGCAGGAAGUCCUGGGCAGUGGCUGCUGCACUGUCAUGUGACUGACCACAUCCAUGCGGGAAUGGAGACGCUUUUCACAGUUCAUCCUAAAGGUGGGGUGGAAGAAAAAAGGCCCAGUUUGGACUUAAAAGAUAACAAUUUUGGGUCCAUUGGCGAUAAUGAUCGGAAUACAGGCAAUAGUGCCUUCAGUCAUUUUACAAGCCUGUCCACUGCCAUGCUGUGUUUCUUUGGAUUGGUCCUACUGAGCCUUGUAACACAUUAGAAGAGAUCAAAGUGUCCAAAAGCCAAUCAGAAUCUAAAUGUAUUGUUACAACACUGACGCUUUCCACUUAUGUACCUCAUGUAGCAUUCUCAUUGCACUGCUGUUGAUUUCUCAUGUUUUGAAAAAACAACACAUAGUAUGGAUACAAUUUUUUCAUAUGUCAUAAAUUGGAGGCAUUGACAGUUUAUAGUUAAAGGCAUAGUUCACCCAAAAAUGAACAUUAUCUCAUCAUUUACUCACCCUUAUUCCAUCCCAGAUGUGUAUGACUCUCUUUCUUAAGCAGAACACAAAUUAUUUAUGAUUGACAGAAGACUUUUAGAAGCAUUUCUCAGCUCUUUGUAUGGAAAGAAUAUAGUAUCAAAAUUAUGAAAAAUGUUCUAUCCAUUUAAUAAAUGUCACACAUAUAACUUGCCAU